CGACUUAACCAAAGAUUAACUUUUUGAUGUGACUUCAAAGAAAUGUGAUGUUGGCUGAGAUGGUGUUUUUCCUAACUAUUUCAGAAGUUUAGAGAUAAAUUAUUAUUCAAAGAAGUGAAAUUCUACCCUCCAGAAGUGAAAUAAUAGAAAAAACCCUCUUCAACUCUAGAAACAAACAUUUCGUGAACAUGCCGAAGAAGAAGAAGUUUAUCGAUAAAAAGAAGUCUGUUACAUUUCAAUUGAUUCAUCGAAGUCAGCAAGAUCCAUUGUUGGCAGAUGAGGAUGCUCCCCAAAGAAUAUUGCAGCCUAUUCAGAAAAAAAAAGAAACGCCUGAAGAAAGGGAGAAGCGCAUCGAGGAACAACAUAAAUAUGGAAUUUACUAUAAUGACGAUACAAAUUACUUGGAAUUUCUCAAGGAAAGAAGUGACAAUCGUGUAGAAUGGCCGAGUUAUGUGGAUAAAGAAAUUGAAGAUAGACAAAGGAGAUUCGCUUUGCCAAGCGAAGUGUUUGCUUCUGCUAAAGAAAAGAGAGUUGGAAUGUUGAAUGAAGCAGGUCCACAACUUGAUUUAGAUCCUGAAAUUGUUGCUGCGUUAGAUGAUGAUUUUAACUUUGAUGAUCCAGACAAUCAACUGGAAGAUAACUUCAUUGAGUUAGCUAAUGGAGUUGCCUCAGAUGAUGAACAAAUGGAUGUUUAUGACGAAGAUGAGUGUACAGAUUCAUCUGCGACUGAGAGCGGAAGUGAAUAUGUUGAUGAUGAAUCAGACUGUUUUUCUGUAUCUGAAUCAUGUUCGAACGAAGAAACAAAAACAAAUAUUUCUUCAUGCACAAUACCUUUCAAAAAUUUUGAACAAGAAAAGCUUACUAAAGAGAUGGAUAAAAUGCUAAAACAAAUUGAGGAAAUCUCAAGGUAUAGAGAUGAACACGAUGGGCCACAAGGUUGCACACAAGAAGAAACUGAACGGCAUCUCAAAUGGGGAGAAGAAUUUUAUAAAAGUCUACAACCCGUUCCAAUGGAUAGGGAUGAGGAUGCAAUUGCUAUCACGAAAAAUAUUGCAAAAAGAAAAAACGCAUUCAAAACUGAAUUUGUUGAAUAUGAAGUUAAGGAAAAACCACAAUAUGAUUGCCAGUCAAUUAUCAGCACAUAUUCUAGAACCCGCCAUCUUCCAACAUUGAUAGAACUACCAUCAAAGCCUAAAAAAAUCAGAGUGAAUCAAAAAACUGGCAUGCCUAUGAAUAUUCUGGGACAAAACAAGCUAACAAGAUCUGUACUGGAGAAACACAAUGAGAAACUUGGAGAUAUUUCUGGUAGGGGCCCCCAGUCCAUUCAAUCUACAGUGUCUCGACUGACAGCUUUAUCGAUAAGGGAUAAAAACGAGACUCCAGAAGAAAAGAGGGAAAGGAAAAAAGCACUGAAGGAAUAUAGGCAAGAAAGGAGACAAGAAAAGAAAAGUAAUAGGUUGGCAUUCACAGCGGAACAACAAAGAUUAUCUAAAGCAAGAAAUGUUACUAAAGGCUUCACUUUGGGGUCUAUGUAAGUUCGUUCAAUUCAUCAUGUUGUAAAUAAUUAAUUAUAAAAAUAAAUUUAAAUAUGUUUAUUUAA